GACAGUGACCCAGUUUUACGCCAGCUGGUUCAUUGCUGCUGAUGGUGCAACCAUUCACCGGCUGCAAUCCAUAUAUUACAAAACGUAAGUUCCAUUGAAUAUAUCCAUUGUUUGAAGUCCAACAAAUAGAUCUAAUUACUGAAUUAUUCAAUAAAUCGUCCCUGAUCUUAAUUUCGGAGCAUAAAGGAGCAAAAUGUAUCUACCAUUUCUUGGAGAUGUGUCUUUGUGGCUCCUCCUACUUGUUGCAAUUCUGACAGCAUUCUAUUUGUACACAACAAGCUUUGUGGGCGUGUUCAAGGCUGUUGGAAUCCCUGGCCCCGCCCCUUGGCCAAUCAUAAACCACAUACCUGAGCUAAGGAAGCAUGGUCUAUCUAAGAUGCUGGAUGAUUGGAGAGCAAAGUAUGGCAAGACUUAUGGGAUUUAUGGCUUGUUUCCAAGGUGUGCAACCCUCGUGACCUUUGACGCGAGGUUACUUGAAUAUAUUAUGGUCAAAGACUUCAGCAAUUUUGUUGAUAGAGUUGGGAGAAAUACAUCUCUGAGUGCUGUUGUUCAUGGUUUAUUUUUCCUGAAUGGGGACCACUGGACCAGGUCUAGACAUGUGUUGUCUCCCAUGUUCACUGCUGGGAGGUUGAAGCAGAUGCUGCAUCAUGUCAACACCAGCGCUGCCGGCCUGGUGGCUCUCAUCAAGAAACACAAGGAGGAGGGGAAGCUCAUCCCUCUCAAGGCAACAGCAGCCCGAUACACGUCCGACGUUAUUGCUAGGGUAGGUUUUGGUGUAGAUUCCAAAGCUUUGACGGAAGAAAAAAGUGAAUUUGCUUACAACAUCAACAACUUUAUUCGCAUUCCUGCCACACGUCUGCAAGACAUUCUCAGGACUGUUGGUGAAUUUUUCCCCCCAGUAAUGAAGAUUGGUCUUGCUGUAUUUAACGAGCAAGUGGAUGCUAUUUUACCAGAAACCAAUAAUUAUUUCAUUAACUUUAUCAAUGAAGCGAUUGAUCGUAAACUAGCUGAGAAGAAAAAUAAAGACACCUCUAAGAAGACCCACCUGGACAUGCUUGACAUGCUACUUGAAGCAGAGGUCGAUGACCGGACAGGUCAACAGCUGACCGCAGCAGACAGGAAAAUCACCAGGAAAUACGUCAUCGGCAACUCCGCCAUCUUGAUCUUAGCUGCCUUUGAAACCACGUCAACAGCUCUGAGCUCCAUCUUGUACCUACUGGCCAGGCACCAAGACAUUCAGGACAAGGUCAUUGAAGAAAUUGACGAGGUCAUGCAGGGCAAGACCAAACCCACAUACGAGGACAUGGCUAAGCUGACCUAUACAACUCAGGUGAUCUACGAGUCACUGAGGAUGUUUCCCCCCUCACCUGACAUCACACGCAGGGCCAAAGAGACCAGAAACUUCAACGGGAUGACCAUCCCAAAAGGUGUCACAAUUUUCAUCCCCAUCUACAAGAUUGUCAAAGACCCUGAAUAUUUCCCCGACCCCUAUAAAUUUGACCCGGACAGAUUUUCACCCCAGAGGAAGUCUGAGAUUGACCCCGUGACCUUUUUACCUUUUGGGUUUGGCAGACGACAGUGUGUGGCUAAACGUCUGGCACUUGUGGAAAUUAAAGUUGUCCUGUGUCAUCUACUGACCACCAUGAGGUUUGUCCAAACAGACAGGACAGAACCGGCUAUUGGAAACGAGGCUGAGUACAUCCACAUGGAUGGAUUUUUUGUGGCCAAGAAACCCAUUGAGAUGGAUAUAGUGCUGAGGAACUAGAGAGGUCAUUUUAAAGGUCACACUAAAAAUAGACCAUGACAUCAAGUCUGUCAAAACAAUAAAUUUGUUUACAUUCUGGAAAUAGAACAAUUUUGUAAUUUUUAUAAAAAGAAUAUUUUUUUAUACUCGUCAAUUAAUGAACUGAUUGUUUAGUUAAAGAGCUGGACUUGUUAGAUCACUUUGUUGUGAAAUUAUUUUUCCUGUCAGUGAUUUGUCCCACUAGAUGGCUCUGCUAGUCCAUUAUUCUAUUUUUGUUUAAUUUUAAAAGGCAGCAUUAGUAAUAUAGACAAGUAAUCUAUUUAAUGUUUAUGGAUGUUUUUUAGUUAGUUUUCUUUUUCAAGGAAUUUUUUUUUUAUCAUCUCUAAAGUAGAUUUUAUAGAUCAAAAUUUGUCAAAAAAGACUUUAUUUAAUUUAAAAAACUGAUGUUUUCUUUUAUGAAACUGCCAUACAUUAUUUAGAAAAGUAGGCCUAUAUUUUUU